AUGGAUCAUAGCGAAGUUGAUUCUUCACAAUUUGAUGCUAAGGCUGCAAAUACGAGUUCCAUUAAUAAUGCUAACCCUGAAGGUAGUGGUGUUCUUCCAAAAAAGCAGCCUAAAUUCGAUCCUGCUGCUUUGUACUAUGACAUGUCUGGAGACAAAUUCCUAGUUAUUUUCAACCACUUCGAGUUCCAGAAGACGCGAUAUUUCAAUAACAAACGUCCAACAACCAGAAAAGGGACACAUCAAGAUGAGACAGCAUUGAAAGACACAUUUACAAAACUCGGCUUUAAAAUAUUUAUAUAUCGAGAAUACGAGUAUACACAAAUAAUAGACGCAAUGAAAGCAAUUGCAAAUCUCGACCAUACUAAGACGUCGUGUUUAGUGGUAGUCAUUCUAACGCACGGUGAUACAGAAGGUGUGGUUUAUGCUGCUGACAGAGGUUACCUUCUCAAAGAUGUUACCAGUAUUCUGGAGGCCGGCCACAUAGGCCUCGUGAACAAACCCAAGCUAUUUUUUAUUCAGGCUUGCAGAGGCGGUAAAGUUGAUGAGGGUAGGACGGUGAGACAUGACGGGGAGGAAAACCAGUUGCUCGUUGUGCCUUCUCACGCAGAUUUUUUAAUAAUGCAUUCAUCAGUAGAUGAUCACUUAUCUUGGCGAGACAUUGGUGGAUCUUGGAUGAUUCAGGAACUAUGCGAAAUUAUAGAUGCACAUCACCAUAAUAUGGACCUUUUACAUCUGAUCACUCUCACGAAUAGAAAUGUGGCUUACACGCGUGCUUCGAAUACACCAUCUAAUUUGAGGACGCAUAACAUGAAACAAAUCCCCGAGACACGUUUUACGCUGACAAAAUUAGUAAAAUUUUAA